AUGUCCAGCUCUUGCAUCUCCCUCUCGGGAUCCAGCGCCUGCCCGGCAUGGAGUGGAUCGUCAGUCUCGACAAAUUCAACGUUAUAUGGGAGCUUCCCAUUCCUGAAAGGAGUAUCAAACCUGACCGAGUUCGAUGAUUCAUUAAAGGAUUAUGUCUCUGGGUCCUAUGUCAAUAACAAGUAUGAUGACCUGUUAGGUUGCGAAGGUCUUAACUCGAGUGCAACAGACGACUACUACGCGCAAUACACUAUCAGUGUUAUGUGCAGCAGCGUGAUACAAAGCUCCAUUUCCGACUGCGAUCUUUCGACAGAUGACUCAUUGCCAAUUUGUGUGGACACAUGCGCCCUUUGGGCGCGAAGUGAGGAGGAAACCAUGGUGAAUACAGACCUGUGCAGCAGUACCAACAAAGACUACACGAGCCAGAUUUACUCCGACCUGGUCAUUUGCGAAAAACCGUCGAAAGCACUUUCGGGAGAUUGUAUCGAAGGAGCCGCGAAUGAGCCUGAUAACUGUGGCUUUGAAUCAAACACCAUCGGUCUUUGCACGUAUUGUGCAAACGACAGCAACACCUGCUGCGAAAAGUCCAAUUCUACAAGCCGCUGUGAAAAUGUGCCGGUUCCGACUUCCACUCUGCCGCCACUCACGCCCUCCUCUUCUGCUUCUUCCACCGCUGCCGCGGCUGCCAGCAAUGGUUUGUCAGGUGGCGCGAUUGCUGGGAUUGUAAUUGGCUCUGUAGCAGGAGCAGCUAUCCUGGCCGCUCUGCUCGCAUUCCUUUGCAUUUUCAUGCGCCGGCGUCGCAGAGAAACUGAAACCGAAGGUGCUUUGAACCAACCGAACCCUCAACGAAAGGGUGGCUCUCCGUCGAUGCAGCAACCCCCCAGCCCGACGUCGUACAACAUGAUCCCCGGAGGUCGCGUAACACGCAUGUCUGCUCUGCGCGAGAUGCCCAGCUCAUCGCCAGCCCAUUCGCGAACUUCUGCAGCCAUGUAUGGUGGCGCGGCCAAGUACAGCGAUACGUCUUCCGAGGGCAUGCGCUCCAGUCCAGGGGCCAUGCACAAGAGCAUCCCACCCGUGGCCGGCAAACGCCACGGUUCACUUUCGAGUAAUUCCAUGCUGGCUGGGAUGGAGAGUGACAGCUCGCCCCGCUCUGGUCCAACAAACCAAUAUUCCUCCCCAGAACAAGUUACAAGUGGUCAAUCCGAGCAACUCUCGUACUUCCGCGAUUAUUACUCCCAAGACGAGAUCCAAGCGGGCGAUAAGGUCGCCGUGCUCUGGGCAUACUCGCCCAGGGCAGGCGAUGAGUUCGAACUUGACCGCGGAGAAAUGUUGAGAGUGAUCGGUAUCUGGGACGAUGGCUGGGCGACAGGUGUGCGUCUCACCGAGCGUGCCGAGGACUUCGACGUGCACCAUCGCGAACAGCGCGAUAGUGGCGUCUCAAGCGGCUCUCGUAUGCAUGGCGCCUCUUCUCCCAUGCCAUCAGGAGAGAUCAAGGCCUUCCCCUUGGUCUGUAUCUGUCUCCCACAACACUGGCACAAAAUCAUCGACGGUGGCCAGGAAGACGACGAAGUUUGA